CAUCGACAUAUACUUAACACAUAAUAGUAGCUCCUAUCCUUCAUAUAUUUAUUUUAAUUAUCUGCUCCCCUUUCUUCGUCGCUUACUCGGUCAUUCCUCCUCCCUGCUGCUACUCCACUGCUUUCUUCAUUUCUCUACGCAAACGAGGCCAGCUUGUGGGUUAACACGGUUAAACUUUAUGAUCAUUGUUACUGUCACCCAGUCUCCAUACUCGGCUGCGUGAUGUUUCAAUUCACAGCGACCACUAAAUCAAAGAAGAAAUAUUUGAAUGGCUUACAUUCAUCGGUUUAUAUUAUUCUUACUUUAUGAUUAAUAAGCACGGAGGCAAAGUUUAAUGUAAGGCCGAACUGUAUGUGUUUUUAAACAGGGUUCUGUGCUGGAGUUGUCAUUGACCAAACUUGGUGUUGCUUGUUAAAAGGGACGACCCCCCAACUAUUUCUUUCGCAACUUGAACAUCAACUCGUAACUUUUUGUUGGUGAUUCUGCUAUUGUCAGCUGUGGAAUGAAGAAGGUAUAAAUCUAUCAGGAACUUGAUAUACAAAAAAUAAAUACUAUGAGGAAGUUAACGCGAAGAUCCUCGGGAUGUUUUCUUUGAGUUGGAAUUCGAAUUGGAUAUUUUUAACAAACUUUUAAGAUUUUUCAAAGAGCUGAAAUAAGUGCAGCAGCUGUUUAAUAUGACCAGAUGAAAGUCACCGUGUGUUUUGACAAUGUCAAAGUGAUAGUCCCAUGUGGGGAUGGCUAUUUACCAGUGAAAGAACUUAUUGAAAAAGCUGUGAUUAGAUACAAAAAAGCCACUGGAAAGUCUAACGACAGUUGGGUAACAGUCCACAGUUUAAAAACUUUAACUGAUGAAGGCAUACUUGAUCCUGAUGAUUAUCUUAAUGAUGUCGUAGAUGACAGAGAACAGUUGAUAGCCAUUUAUGAUGAAACACAGAGGAACCAUGUAUUCAACAAUGGAGAUGGAGCUAGUGCAAGCUCCGUUGGAACUUCAAGCCCAGAUAUCUUCCAAAAUAAUAAUGGUACCACUAAUUCUAGCAAUGGAGAUUUUAAAGCAUCCAGUCAAACAGAUAAUGGUGUUGUUGUCACUUUAGAAGAUGUUCUUUCAGGUCCUACUUUACAUGUUCGACGGGGUAGUGAACCAGCCCUUGCAAACCUUGGAGAAGUUGAAGCCUCUUCUGAUUUUGCUACUAAACCUGACCCUGCUUCAAAACACAAGCGAUGGUCAACAUUUGGAAAUGAGAGAGAAUUUCAAACAUCGACUCCAAAAGAGGAAAAUGGUGAUUCCCAAACUAACCAAGAAAAAUGUCUUCAGCCUCGGUGGAAUAGUACAGGACAUAACAAGAAUAAACAUUUUGCUUCUCAUUUCUCUCGUGAAUAUUCUCGACAAUCCUUGGGUGCUCGACCCAGCAUGUUGAAAUGGUUUGAAGCACAAGAAAGAUAUGAGGAGAAGCUUAAGGAUGCUCAAACUGGAAGUGAAGAUGCUGCUGCUGCUAUCACUGAAAAAUAUAAAAAUAAUAAUGUAGCUGAAAAAGAACUUGAAAUUAUUGUAACUUUGAAAAAUGACGGUGAGCCUCUUGGGAUACAUGUCCUACCAGAUUACGAUGAGGAUGAAAAGGAAACUGGUCUUCUUGUGCAAAGUAUUGAACCUGGCAGUAAAAUCGGUUGUGAUGGAAGGCUUAAGCCAGAUGAUCGCAUUGUCGAGAUUAAUGGAGUUAAUCUCAUGGGAAUCUCUUUUGACAAUGCACAGAAUAUUUUUCGAGAUGCCAUGAGGACUGAUGAAAUUCAACUAAAGGUGCUAAAAUCUAUCCCGCCCCCAUUACCCAAAAAACCACCUCCUUUGCUUCCAAAGCCAACAGUUCGGAAUCAAAAGCCUUUGCCUAAAUCAAAACCACAAAAGUUUCCUUCCCCUGAAGACUUUGAUGAGCAAACAGAAACUGCUAUAAAUGAGAAUUCUCAACAGACAGAUGAAAAAUUAUCUGAAAAUCAAUAUUCAAUUCCCCCUUCACUUGACACAAGCCAAUGUGCCUUUGAUAAAGAAAAUGACAUUUAUUUUAAAAGUACAUCAAGCGGUGAAGAAGAAUCUAAUCCAUCUUCACCAAAUAAAAAAGUACCACCUGCAGUGCCUGCAAGGCAUCCCACCACUGCUUUGUCAACAAAAGAUAAAUCUGCUUUUAGUGCUUCCACAAAUACUCGAAAAAUUGGCAAGAAACUUUUAAUACAACUAAAGAAAGGCUCAAAUGGACUAGGAUUUAGUAUUACUACAAGGGAUAAUCAAACUGGUGGUGAUAUCCCUAUAUACAUAAAAAGUAUUCUCCCUCAAGGUGCAGCUAUUGAAGAUGGCCGACUGAAAACUGGAGAUAGACUUCUAGAGGUAGACGGUGUUGAAAUGACAGGAAAGAGCCAGAUAGAAGCUGUGACAAUUCUUCGUAAUACCAAAAUGGGUCAUGAUGUGGAGUUGCUAGUAUCUCGACAAGAAUUUGAUAAGCCUCCAGCAAAACCUCCCCGAGAAAAUGUUGAUAAGACUUCAUCUCAUUCUGCAUCUCCUGUUGUUAUGGUUGACAAUAAAGAAACUUCACCAAAUCCAAGUAACCAAAAUCAUGAACUUAUUGUUCUUGAUAUUCAACUCAAUGAAACUAGCUCUGCAGGUCUUGGUGUUAGUGUUAAAGGCAAUACCAAUCCUUCUGAGUCUGGAACCAACCGUGAUCUUGGUAUUUUUAUAAAAGCUAUCAUCAGUGGAGGUGCAGCAUCUAAAGAUGGACGAUUGAAAGUCAAUGAUCAACUUCUUGAAAUCAAUGGCUAUUCCCUUCUUGGACUUACCAACCAAGAUGCUAUGGAAACUCUUCGAGAAACUAUGCGAAGUAUUGAUCCAGUUAAUGGGAAAAUUUCUUUAGUCAUUGCUCGUUUAGUAAGAGAUGUGGUAUCUCCAUUAUCAUCAAAUUCUUCGGUUGAUGUUUCUGCCAACAAACAGAAAGAUAGCUUCUCUGACGAACUGGAGUCCAUUGAACAUGGGAAUCUUGAUCAUAAUGCUAUCAACCAACAGAACAAUCAUACAAAGAAUUCAGUGCAGCCAAGAAAAUUUGAAGGUGUUAAAAAUUCAAAUGUUGAUGUAAAUAGUUUUGACUCUACUAAUAUGGAAAUAAAUAAACCUCUUCCACAAGUUGAAAGACUACGAAGUGAAUAUACCCAUGAAGGAAUUAACAAUGAUUCCUAUAAUCGAGCAGUACACUCAAGCAGUUACUUCGACCAUCACGGUAUUUCACCUACUUCAGAGAGUAAGAACAAUAAUUCUAGUUCAGAAUCAAAACACUCUGUGGCCAAAACAUAUUCGGAUCAAGGAUUACUAUCUGUUACUGUCAACCCACCUGAGCAAGAAGCUAUACUAAUUGAAGAUGAAUUAUUUGACCAUGAUAGAUACCCACCAGUUUUUGUUGGGGAUCCCUCGCUUUCUUAUCAUUCAAAACAUCAUCAUCACAAAGACUUUGAUGAUCAACAAGAGCAAAAUUCACCUACAAGAAUACCCCACCAAAAUAUUUCACGUUUACCUCAGCCUCAUCGAAAAAGCAGUGAUAAUCAACCACCUCCAUAUCCUACAUCUCAUCCAUCUGAAGUCUAUCACUCAAACCAGUAUCGCAAUCCCUCAGAUCGUCCUGACAACUGGCAUCCUCACAUAACAGAUAAAUUCGACGGUGUAGAAUUUGAUUCUUUGAGUCCAGACUUAAACCCUAAUUUUGCAUUCCAACGUGAAGCAUUUGGUCGUCAGAGUAUGUCAGAAAAACGCCGAGGACACUUAGAUGCUCGUCAAACAGAAUUUUACCAAAUAGCCAAAAGUAACAGAAAAGUUCCAGAUGAGAUUUUAUGUCGUAGAGUGGCAUCUUUUCACUAUCCAACAGGUGGUAAGCAGGGAGUGCUGGUUCGUGCUGGCUCCAUGGAGUCCCUAAUUGGCAACAAAAGUAACCUGAGCAACACAUUGCAUGACAACAUGUCACCUCGAAUGUCUCAACCAAACAUGGGUCUGAGAAAACGUUCCAGUUCUAUGGAAAGUUUACCAACACCUGAUGUUUUUGAAAAUGCUGCGCCACCAUUUUGGGCAGCUGAGCGAAUUAACAGAGCUCAUAUGUGCAAUGAGAGUUUUCGUGCAGCUGUUGACCGAUCUUAUGAAGUUCCUCAUCUUUCACAGAAUAUGGAAACUUUGGAAGAAGAAAACAGUGAUUCAGGUUCAGUUGUGGGCCAAAAUUAUGCCCCACAUCCCAUUUAUACUUCCAUUUCAAACACCGAUGCACCUAAUAUUAAAGAAAAUUCUCAACCAAAAGUAAGCAAGAAGAAGGAGCGAGACAAUCGUAAAAGUGGUGGAUUUUUUAAAGGAAUUUUCAAGUUUAAUAAAAGUAACAAAGAAGACAAAGGAAGCAAAGAUCAUUCAAAUGAAAAUGCAAGCAAACAGAAAAAUGAAAAACCACCUUCUGAAAUAUUAGAAAUGGACAAAAAUUGGAAAAAUCCUCGAGGAGAUCAGAAUAAAUUCCCUGAGUAUCAACGUUCACCACAGUCUCAAGUAAAAUCUCAGCCUCAUAAGCCAAGAGCUGUGUACCCAAAAGAGCAUCAUGUUAUGGACAUUUAUCCAUAUAAUGGUAUGGGAAAUAAUCGCACUGACAAGAUCCAGCAGCUAAGAGAGGACCAUCAAAGAAAACAUCAAGAACGACAAGGACGUUACCCUCAUGAAGAUAGGGAAGAUUUGUACGAGAAACGUUUGCAAGAUUUGGAGAGGAGAAAGUUGAGCAAUUACAGUUCCAAUCCUAACCAGCUUCCUUACCAAGAGGUAGAAUAUGCUAUUGUGAAUAAGAAUCGUCCACCUGGGGUUCGGACUGUUCAGCAUGAAAGGGUUCCUGUACAUCCGAGCCAUCCGCCUUAUAACUAUAUUCCAGAGUCCAACAAUGAUGAACACUUCUAUGAAACCAACUAUUCGGAAAUAGUUCCUAAAUUCCCUCCUCCAUAUCCUCGUACUGUACAAGAAAGUUGGCAAGAUGAGGAUCGUGAUGUUUCUCAUUCUUGGCAACCCAGCAAACAUAAAGAUGACAUACAUGGACCAUCAAGUAGCAAUUACACUGACAAUAUACAAGGCAGUCAAAAACAUUGGAUUCAUAAUCGCUCUGGAGUUCAAAGUGCACCUCCAACAUGGCAACAUAAAAUUCCUGUAGGGACUCCUGUUCCUAUGGAAGAUCAUUAUAACUAUUGUAUGGAUUAUGUGGACUCAUUCCAAGACCAAAUGUAUAGUAGUGUACCAAGUGGUAAACGAACCCCAACUCAGAUAGCUAAUGUGUGAUGCUCAAAAAGGAUUUACUAAAUGGAAAUUAUUUUGUAUGUUAAACAGGUCCAUUUGAGUUCAUCAUAACAUUCCAGAAAGAAAGACCAUAUAACUUAAAUACUAAGUAACUAACAAUCUAGGUAAGAAGAAGAAUACCUGGAGAUGUAAUUCAAAAUAAUUGUAAUUACAAAAUAAGAAGGUUCUCUUUUUGAAUUAUUUGUUUGUCACAGUGCUCGGCUAUACCAUAAAUAGCAUCAUGAGUGAAGUAUAUAACCCAGCAUCCAGCUCAUUCCUUAUACAAACUUCUUAUAGUACAGAUAAAUCAAGAAGGAAGUUUUAAAUUUCUUUUUUUUUUUCAAAUACACCUGAAGAAAACUUAACAUAACGAGUAGUUUUUAAUGGCAAACUGGGUAUAGAAAAUAAUUCUAAAAGUUGUUACAUAAUCAUAAAAUUGAGUGAAAGUUACAUUAUUUAUUUAAAAAUUGAGAAAUGCUUAUUUUGUAUACAUCACAUUUUAUAUAAAUGGUUUUAAUGAAAUUGACCCAAUAUAGCUUGUAAUUAUUUCGUAAUAAAGAGAGUUAAAAAAGC